AUGAAAAGAGCCCGUAUCCUCGUAUGUCCUGUUGUGACUACAUUUAUAAGUUAUGGCCUUCUCCUCUCUGGUGUCACUGCGGUCCAGACAACUGAUGCCACUCCCAAUCCAACAGCAAUGAACACGGGUAAUGCCCCCGGGAAUAUAGCAUUUUCUUCAGCAGUGCACCUUGCAUCCUCAAUAUCUUGGAGCCUACAUCAACUUUCAACUAUUCCUGCACUCCCUCUACCAACCAAUAUCACUGCGGUCCCUGAAUAUGAGAUUGUCAGUAAACUUGCUCCAGCUCUGCCACCCAUACAAGUCGGUGCCAGCUUCGGAGACGUCGAUGACAUGAUCGCAGGCAUGAUAGCGGCGACAAAUGUGUCAAGCCCUGACAAGUCUAUCGUCGGACGACAAUCCACUCUCAGAGUCAUGGUCGUUGGUGACUCGAUGUCACAAGGUCGUGAGGGUGACUUUACCUGGCGCUAUCGUAUUUGGCAGUUCUUUAAACAGAACGGUAUCGACGUCGAGAUGGUCGGGCCUUACAAAGGAACGGUACCUCCGGAUCCACCUACAGCACCUUCUCCGCCUAUCCUUUAUGGAAAGCCAGUUCCUACGAGUGCUCCUAAAACUUCUGGCGGCUAUGCGGCGGACGUGGACGAGGCAUUCCUGGCGAACUGCAACCAUUUUUCUGCAUGGGGCAGAGCUGUUGCUGUUGACAAAGGUUUGAUCCAGACUGUCUUGCAGGCGACACCUGCAGACCUCGUUCUCUUCAUGCUCGGCUUUAACGAUAUGGGCUGGUUCUACAGCGACGCUGCAGGCACUCUGGAUAGUGUCGACACCUUUGUGGCCAAUGCCCGAGCUGCGAAUCCCAACGUCAAAAUUGCAAUGGCUGACGUGCCACAGCGAAGUUUCAUCAGAGGCCGGGAUGACCUCGUCAAGAACACAGAGAUAUACAACAAACUUCUUCCUGGGUACAUAUCCAAGUGGUCUACAAAACAAUCCCCGAUCCAUCUCGUGCAACUUGCGGACAACUACAGCUGUCAACCCAGUGGCUGUUCUGCAGGUACUGAUGGCUUACACCCAAAUGCCUGGGGCGAGUUUCAGAUUGCCGCUGCCUUCUCCAAGACGCUGGUCGAAGACUUCAACUUGGGUACGAGUCCAGUGAAGAUUCCGUUUCAGGAUGACUCAAGCUUGGGUCGACCAUUACAGGGACCAUCAAAUUUCCGUGUCUUUAGUUCUCCCCAAGGUGUCACCGCCACCUGGGAUCCAGUCUACGGUGCUUAUAGUUAUGAUGUUACAGUCUCCAUUAAUGGUGGCGCCAACACAUAUUCCCCGACAACAACAUCGUCUAACAGGUGGGAUUCACAGUGGCCUCUGGAAGGCUGGACAUACACCGUCUCUGUGCGGGCUCGCUAUGGAGAUUAUUCCGUAGGCCCAUAUACGUCGAAGCUGUCGGCGAAAGCUACUCCUAAGCUAUCUGAUCCCCCACAGAACGUAAAGGUGGCGCCUGCUGCUGAUGGAUUCACCGUAACAUGGGAUCCUCCAACUGGACCGAAUACCGACUCGAUCGUUGAGUACAACAUCUUGUACUGGGAUUGGAACCCCGACGACUGCGAAAUCAUCACCGGCGCGGCAUUCACUAGCUCACCCGCAGCUAUAAAGGGACUCACCCCUGGUCGCAACUAUCUGAUUGCUCCCGUUACUUGGAACGAAAACGGCCAAGGUCUACCGUUCUUCGCCAACAAUGCUGUUCCAGGCGCCGGAACACCGCCAGUUCCAUCGGAUCUCAAGAUUCUGUCUACAGACAGUACCAGUGUCCACAAGUUCGAGAUAGUUUCCAACGUCACCGGGUCGACUUGCCUCGACGACUUCCUACUCUUUCCGGGUACAUGGAACUAUGAGUGGUGCAUUUCCGCGUACAACGGAAACGAGGAGUCUCCACAAGGGCCGGCCAAGCUCGCACCAUCUCCCGCUUCGGGUGUUGACAAGGAUGCAUCCGCUCCAACGUGUCCUACAGCGGCGCCUUGGUGUCCUGCAGGAGCCAGCGUCUCAGUCCCACCUGGUCAAGGCGGCACACUUCCGCCUACUACGGGAGUUGAGACCAUCACCACUAACGGCAUGACGCUUACUAUCACAACUCUGCCAGCAUCAACAGAUGAUGAUGUUACGUCGACCAUGACUACAGUUCCUCCUGGGGUAUCUCUCGAAGUCUUCACGGAUUUCCCAGUCAGUACCAACAUCUGGAUUACCACAACUGGGAAGGACUCAUCAACAACUGUCGUUCCGGUGAUAUUGCCUUGCCCGAGUUGUGAGCCUGUGAUAGUCUGGGACACACCCGAGAUUCCAAAGGUCAAGUUCAAGUGGCCCAAGUUUCCGGAAUUGCCCACUUUCCAUUUACCAUGCAUCAAGGUCUUUGGCAUCAAGGUUUUAGGUCAAUGUCCCAAGCCUGAAGGCCCAGCACCUAUCAACGAUGGCCCUCCUCCUCGUCCGAGACCCUCUGGCAGUCCUCCGUCUGAUCCCGGAGAUGACCCCUGCGACUUCGAUAUGAAGUCUGGGAUGUGUGAUAACGGCAACUACCCAGUUUACGACCCCGGCUCUAAUACUAUCAGCUGUGAUGUUCCUAGCGAUCAACUUGGCUCCAAGGUCAGCCAGUGCCAGAGUCACAUCGACAGCAAGCUAGACGCCGUGAAGGACUACUUGCAAGGGGAGAGAUCUUGCUGCCCGGCAUCCUCCAAAGCUAAGCGCCAGGAGUCUCUAGGUUUAUUCUCUUCUCUCAUUAACCGCAGUUCAGGUUCUUUCGGCUUCAGGUUAGGCAAGCGGGCAGGGGACUACUGUCCCGCUAAGAAUGAGGAUCCUAGGAAUCCGCCUACAGUCAAAUGCUAUGCCACUUACACGUGUCCAGACAAGCUCUAUCCCAAUGUCUGUGGCAACGCAAAAUCAGCCAUCAAUAUCAGGGGUGCAACAUCCAUUUUGACCCAUCAGACAGGGAGCAAGUUACAUGAUACAUCUCCCUGGUAUAAAGGUCGUUGGAAGGCAACUUCGGGACGACCUCAAGGUGUUUGGAAACUUGACAAGUGCCAAGUCGAGGAGUAUCCGUUUGGCUCCGGAAAUCCCGACCGGAAAGCAAGCGGUAACUCCGUACUUCGACUCAUUCCUGGUGGGGGUUGGGAGGAUGGGUUGGAAAACCAACUACAGGGCGCCUCUUUGAGUCGAUGGAUCAGGACACUGGUGAAAAGAUACAACGAGUUUCAGAAGGAGCUCACAGGGACAGACCCAAAGGUUGACGGACAUGGCUUCGUCUAUUGUGUCGAGUUUGAUCCAGGCUUUACUAACUACCUGCCCGAGGACUUGGCGGAUCAGAACUUUUGCGCCUCUCCAUACGGUGUUGAGUUCACUUUGGUCAACGAUUACAAAGUCAGAGGAGUUCGGACGUGGGAUCCCUGGUUUGACGUUCCUGGCACUGAUCGCAAGAAGCCCGAGCUCAUAGAAUACAACGACCCAAACGGUGAUGUGGUGGUAACUAAUCCUUCAGGCGAUGACUAUGCGGUGUACGCAGUUCUAUCCCCAACUUACUGCCGGUAUCCUUCACCGGGACAACAAAAAUGGGAUAAAACAACACAAUCCUGGAGUUUGGACCCCAGAUUUACAAGUUACGGAAGAAGGGAUGACAUUGCGUCCUUUCAGAGGUGCACUGAUCCCCCGGCGGAUGCUGAUGACGAUGAUAGCGAUAGUGACAGGCUUUCAAAGCGCUACGACAAUCAGACUCAGGGUACAAUGCAAGCUGAGAAGAGGACACAUGCCAGAGACCUGAUUAGUCGACAAGGCUCGUCUGGAGGCUUCCACGAUCCGAACAUCUAUCAAUGGCUAGGUUGCGGGAGUCCUGAUGACGAUAUCAUCGAAGACGCCGAUGGUGACCCCUGUGCAGAUGACAGUAACCCUUGCGGGGACGGUGCAACCAACCUGGCGACUACCAAUGGUGUGGCUCAAAGCCUUGACCCCCUUCCUGCAUCCGGCGUCAGUACUGGUGCCAUCACGUCGUGGCCGCCCCAUUACACGGCAACCGACGCCCCGUCUUAUGUCCCUUGCAGCACGCACAACGCUGAUCCCGACGGGGGUAUAGCCAGAGGCUACUGCGUCUGCUCAGGCUCAACCUUUGCGUUGUCCACUGACAGUAAUGCCACCCCUGCCAACAGAUGCGCCUACACGUCACCGCUGCCCAAGACCACAGUUUCCGUAUCCCAGCUCCCCACCGGCCCUACUGCUUCUGCCCCAUCCCCAUCGCCUUACGUCCUGGUUAUUUACACCAGAGAGAUCGAGGUCGCUGGACACGGAGGCGUGACCGAUACCAGGUGGUGGGACUGCAGGCCAUUCGACAAGGGCGACCAGUCAGAUAGUGAUGUCUGUGCUAUCAAGGAUAACCCAAUAGUUUACAGCACCGCCAUUGGCCGAGCUUCACCAUCGCAGUAUCCGACCUCUUUGGCUACUUUUAGUCUUCAUGGUCAUUCGUCUUGCUCUUACCAGGGACCUAACACAGCGACAGUUGGUAGCGUGGUAUGCGAUGACGGACUCACCGCCAAGUGCACGGCCGCGCCUGAAGCUUCGCAAACUAGCUUCGUUGAUUGCACCGACGGGGAUGAAGUGCCAAAUGGGCUUGCAAGAGAUUUUUGGUACGAGCGUCUAUCUUGCGACUACCACUGA